AUGAGCUACGACGAGCGAGAAGUGACACGGUUGGUUUUGGAGUGGUUUGGCUCUUGUCACGGAGCCAUGAAAAUCGUUUCGUUGGUACCAGCGUCUCAGGCAAAAGGCUGGCGGUAUCCAAUGUUGGCUCGCUGGAGCUCGAGAACAAGGAAGGAGAGCUCCAAUCCAAUGGCGAUGGCGUCGCCGCUAGCGCUGGUGGCGAUGCUAGUCCGCUACUCCCUGCUGAUCACGGCGAUCCUGGCGAUGGUGGCGAUGGUGGCGAUGGGGGAGGAGGACGACUCCCUCUUCACCGUGGCCAAGCAGUUCAAGCGCUCCGUCCAGAACGUGGCGGCGGGCGAGCCGAGCUCCGGGCUAUGGACGUCGCGCGCGCGGCAGCGUCCCCUCCCCACCAACAAGUUCUGGCAGAACUUCGUGCUCAACAGGGGAUCCUCGCCGGAGUACAUCCAUCCCUACACCAUCCAGGCGGGUAACUCCUCCAUCGCCAUCGGCUACCCCAAGCGCCAGGCCUCGCCCACCUUGAUCGCCCAGAUCCACGCCAACGAUCUUUUGGUCUCCGCGCGAUCGCCAUCAUCGCCCAUCAUCCAGGUCUCCCACCACGACGACCUCACCGUGACGCUCUCCCUCGGCCAGGCAAUGCGCGCGCACCUCCUCCGCGGCAGCCCCUACGUCUCCUUCGUCUUCUCGGACGCCACGCCGCUCAUCGCCAGCGCGCACGCCAUCGCCAAUCUCUCCCGGAGCGCCGACUCCACCAAGCACACGCUCUUCCUCGCCAAUGGCCAGAGGUGGGUCGUCUACUCCUCCGCGCCGAUCCAUCUCCAGCUCGAUCGGUCCGCGCAGCAGCUCUCGGCCAGCGGCGAUGGGUACUCGGGCGUUCUUCGCAUCGCGCUCGUCGCCACCCCCAGCGCCGAGCCACUGCUCGAUCGCUACAGCGGCUGCUACGCGGUGGCGUCCUGGGUCUCGAUCGACACCGUCUCCUCCGCGCCGCGCGCCUCCAUGGCCUUCACCUACAAGACCCAGGGCCGCGGCGACCUCCUCCUCCUCGCGCUCCCCCUCCACCGCGCCGCCAUGGACUACGCCACCGCCGGCGCGCGCCCGCUCCCCCAGCUCCGCUACGCCAGCAUCGACGGCGAGCUCCAGGGCGUGGUGGGCAGCCUCUGGAAGCUCGACUCCAGCGCGCCCAUGGCCGCCAUAGCCUGGCACUCGGUGGCGGGGAUCCGCGAGCCCACUGCAGCUGGGCGGCUUGGCGCGGCCCUCGCCCGCGACGUGGCGGCGCUCCGCCCGAUCAACACCUCCUCGACGUACUUCUUCGGCAAGGCGGUGGCGCGCGCCGCGCGGCUGGCGCUCAUCGCUGAGGAGAUCGGUGCUCCCGACCAGGCGGCGGCGGUGGCGGCGUUCCUGGAUUCCAACCUCAGCCCCUGGUUCGAUGGAUCCAACGCGGGGAACGCGAUCGUCUACGAUGGGCAGUGGGGUGGAUUGGUGAGCCAGGCCGGGGCUUUCGACUCGGGCGCGGACUUUGGCCUGGGAGUGUACAACGAUCACCACUACCACUGGGGCUACUUCGUCUACGCGGGCGCCGUGCUCGCCAAGCUCGAUCGCGGCUGGGGCGAGCGCUACCGCACGAAUCUCUACUCGCUGGUGGGCGAUUACAUGUCCCCGGCGCCGCCGCGCUCCGGAUCAUCGCGCGCGAAUUUCCCGCGCUUCCGCCACUUCGAUCCGUGGGUGAUGCACUCCUGGGCGGGCGGGCUGACCGAGUUCGCGGAUGGGCGCAACCAGGAGAGCAGCAGCGAGGCCGUGAACGCCUACUACGCGGCGGCGCUGCUGGGGCGAGCCUACGGCGACGAGGAUCUCGCCAACACCGGCAGCGCCAUCGCUGGAUUCGAGGCGCUGGGCGCGAAAUCGCUGUGGCACAUCCGCCGCGACAGCGAUCUCUACGAGCCGGAGUUUGUUCGCGAGAAUCGGAUGAGCGGCGUGGUGUGGGCGAACAAGCGGGACACUGCGCUGUGGUUCGCGGCCACGUCGGUGCUCGAGUGCCGCGUCGGCAUCCAGGUCAUACCGGUGACGCCCGCCACGGAGGCGCUGUACGACGACGUGGACUACAACCGGCAGCUGUACGAGUGGGCGUCGCCGGCGGUGCAGAGCGACACGUGGCGGGGGUUCGCGCUGGCGGUGCAGGCCACGUAUGAUCCGGCACGCGCGCGUGCCAACGUGGAGCUCCUGGAGAGGUUUGACGAUGGGAAUUCCUUGUCCAAUAUGUUGUGGUGGGUUUACACGAGGCCCAGCAUCACGUCGCAAUCUCCAGCAAUCGGGCAGAUCCAUGCGCGAGAAUCCUACGAGAAUAUGGAAUUGCUCCUUGUGAUUGCUCUUGUCUCUAUGACCAUCGGACUCGCCGACAGCUACAGCGCUGCGAUUCGGGCCAGCCUCCAGCAGGAUAAUUCCAUCGAUCAAGAGUUCCUGGACGCGCACAACGCCGCCAGGGCCGCGGUAGACGUCCCGCCGCUCUCGUGGGACGCGAGCCUGGCCGAGUUUGCUCGGGGCUGGGCGUCCAGGCUGCGAGACGCCGGCUGCACGAACUUGGUUCACUCGGGGGGCAUGUACGGGGAGAACCUGUGGUACGGGCCCGGAAGACCCAGCGACGCCGUGGGGCUGUGGGUGGCGGAGCAGCGCUUCUACGAUCCGGAGAGCAACCAGUGCAAGAGUGGCGAGGUGUGUGGGCAUUACACCCAGGUUGUCUGGUCGAGGUCCCAGAAGCUCGGAUGCGCGUAUCUGAGCUGUGGAAAUGGAUUGUUUGUGGCGAGCUGCAACUAUUAUCCGAGAGGAAACAUUGUUGGAGAGACACCAUUCUAG